AUGUCGAUUAGUAGUUUCUCAAAUUUAAGUACUGGUGAAAUUGCUGGUCUUGUUGUGGGUAUUGUAUUAGCAAUUGUUUCUGUUAUUGGGAUUAUUGUAGCCUUAUGUGCUUUAUGUGGUAAGAAAAAAAAUCCAUCACAUGUGCAACCAUAUUCUUCAUAUCCAUAUCCCCAAAAUCCUUAUGGUCAACCGAUGAAUCAAGGUUAUUAUCCACAACAACAGCCUUUGCCUCCACGACAACAAUCGUGGAAUCCACAGUCAGUGAAUUAUGUACAAAAUCCUGCUUACUAUAAUUCAAAAUAA